GAAGCCAAAUAUUGGCACAAGUUCAUAUUACGACCGAGUAGACUUUUCAAUGAAAUUUAUUUUCUCACGUAUUUAUUUUGUUUCUCUUGUUGAUCGUUGUAUUUUCAACAUCGAUACGGUAAUUAAUAAAUUAAGUUUUUUACAGAUUUUAUCAAUUAGCACAAACAUCUUCAACUUUCAUCAUAACUCCCUCCUGCUCAAACAACAUGAAAGUUAAGUAGGUGAGGUAUUUGGUAUAGAUUGACCUGAGUCUGUCUGUGUUCAUCGUACCAUCCAAAGCACCUUUCACCUUAUUCGGAGAUGAUACAGCACAAUAAGAAAUGAUUUCAACCUUUACCUCACCUCUACAGAAGAAAAAGUUAACGAAAUUGAUGCAAAAUGAACAUGUACUUCAAAGUGAGAUGUAUCCUUUACUAUUCAACCCUUCUCACCAUCAUAGUGUUCGUAUUUUUCUUGAACACCGGGGAAGAAACGGAAGAUUUCGAUUCGGAAGUUAUGUUUAUGGAUGUGGGUGAGUCAUAUACAACCGCCGGUCAGAGGAUGGUCACAAAGUCGAUGGCAGAUAGGGGGAAGAUGGACUUGGUGAACGGUUAUUUUUUGUUUUUGAAUCAGGUGCCUAAUUGUGGCGGGGAGUUUUUGGUGUUGUUGUUGCAGAAGCUGCAAGGAAUCAACAGCUACAGACAUGUCAGGUUGGGUAGAGGCCCUAAAAUUCUUUCAGUGAUAGAACAAGAAGAAUUGAUCGAAAGGAUGUACAAAAGGAUGAGAAAUGAGGCUAUUCCCUUGAGUUUCGACAAGAGCGUAUACUUCGUAAACUUCACGCAGUACGACCGGCAGUUUCCAACCCACAUCAACAUUAUCAGGGACCCCAUAGAGAAGCUGUUGUCGAGAUCGAAUUCCAGUAGGGAGAGCAGCCUGUUGAAAUGCAUACACAUGCAGAGGAAGUGCAUGAUCGGCGAAGAAAUUUACGAAUUUAACAUACCCUAUUUUUGUGGACAAGAUGCGAGGUGUAGGAGCGGAAACAGUGAAUGGGCAUUGCAAAACGCUAAGAAAAACGUCGAGAAAUUUUAUCCUGUCGUUGGAGUACUCGAGGAAUUGAACAUGACGGUCACAGCCUUGGAAAACAAACUGCCCUUCUUUUUCCAAGGCUCGAUGCAAAUUUACGAGGAGAAACUAUCAGUAGUUCUUCCUAAGCUGAGCUUGAAGAUGGACGCCGUCAAGAGGGAUCUCCUGAGAAGCGUGCUGAAGACCGAAUAUGAAUUCUACGAAUGGAUCAAGAAACGACUAGCUUCACAGAUAAAUGGAUGACCCAGAUUGUGUCGAGUGUAGUUAUAUUGUUAUCGCAAGACUGAUUAUUUUAUAAUGUAAAUAAAGUUACCUAAUUCUUUUAUGA